CUCCUCCACACCCCGCACCAUCGCUCCCCUUGCCGCCGCCGCUGCCGCACUGCGCCGCCGCCUCCGCCCGCCUCUGCCUUCCGUGCCGCCCGCCGUCCCAUGCCCAGUGCGCCGCAGCAUGCUCCGUCCAGCAGCAGCAGCGGUGCGCGUACUAGCGCGGCAGGCCCGGUGAAGCAGGCGCCGGGUCGCAACGGGCUGCACGGCACAGGCAGCGCACAGGGCGAUGGCGAAAGCACCACGGCGAGCAGUCUGAACGGCAUCGCACACUCCAACGGGCACGGCCUGGCGCCCGAGCCGCCGACAAACGCACGCCUCGGCAUCUCGCCGACGGGCGUGCAGCACGGCGCCGCGCACACGAAUGGCAGCGGCAGCAGCUAUCCGGCCGCGACGCCGCACCUCAACAGCCUCAUCGCCAUCCGCGCUGCGCCGGGCGCCGGGCGUGGCGUGUAUGCGGCGCGUGCGCUGCCCGUCGGCACGCUCCUCGAGGUCAGCCCCGUGCUCGUCUUCCCCGCCGACGAGUAUGCGCGCCACGGCCGCUUCACGCAGCUCGACUGCUACACGUUCGUCUGGCAGCGCCGCGGCGCCGCGGGCAGCGACAUGGCCAUUGCGCUGGGCAUCGGCUCGCUCUUCAACCACGCGCCGCACCUGCCCAACGUCAGCUACACGCUCGACCAUGCUACACACUCGAUCCGCUACACGCUCAUGCGCGCCGUGAGCGCCGGCGACGAGCUCUGCAUCAGCUACGGGGUCGGGCGCAUGUGGUGGGAGACGGACGCGCCCGCCGACGAUGCCGCCAGCGAGCCGAGCGAGGACGAGCUGCUGCGCCUCAGCCUCGACUCCGACGACGAGGGCGACGCCGGCGCCUCGAAGACGCAGGGCAUCAGCGAGGCCAACGGCCACGCCGCAACCAGCCAGCUUGCUCCGGGCGCGCCGAGCAAGCUCUGGCGCAUCACGACCGCCAUCGACCCGCUGCACGCGCCGCUCGAGACGGUGCCCGCCUGGGUUGUCGACGUCGAGCCGCGCAAGACGGCCAUCUUUGGCCAGUUCCUGCGCAGGCUGCAGCAGCACCCGCACUUCACCGAGCACGCGCCCGAGACGACAAAGCACCUGCGCCAGUUCCGGCGCACCUCGCCGCGCGCAUCGGACCAGCACGACGGCGCAGCAGCCGGCAUCCAGGCGCUCAUCUGCACGCAGCGCGACCUGCCGGAGCGCGCCACACUGGUGGCCCUCAUGGACGAGCUCAACGCGCGCGACUUUACGAUCGCCGGAGCAGAGCCGACGCCGCAGCUCCGCGACGUGCCCAUUGACCCGGCUCCGUGCAAGGCUCGCAGCGCAGAGUGGUCCGCGCUCUGGCCUGUCGGCAUCAGGCCCAGCGUCAACGGCUCGAGCUCCUCGGUGCUGCCGUCCGGCUCGACAUACAAUGGACUCGUCGACCGCGACGCUGAUGCGGCGGCAUGGAACGCCGAGAACACCGAGUGGGCGCGGCAGGCGAUGCUGCGCUGCGUCGGCCUGGCGCGGCAGGCAAAGGCCAAGGGCGAGCUGCCCAUCGCGGCGUUCGUCACCACGCCUAUCCAGCCGCCGCCGUGGGCGAGCACGUGCCCGCCUGCCACCAGCGGGCGCAUCGAGGCCGAAGCCCACGACACGCGCAUCAGCGAGCGCAACCCGAUGAAGCACGCCGUCACAAAUGCCAUCAAGUACGUGGCGCGCAUCAGGGCUGCAUCGCCAUCGCGUGCGCCCGUCAGCAACGGGCAGGACUACCUGCUCAACUCGCUCGCCCUCUUCACCACGCACGAGCCGUGCAUGUCGUGCUGCAUGGCCCUCGUGCACUCGCGCGUGCGCAGCCUGUACUUCCUGCGCGCGGCGCCCGGCGCCGGCGGCUGCUGCGGCGCGUUGGGCCGCCGCUGCGUUGGCGGCGAGGACGGCGGCCCGUACGUCAUCCAGGAGCAGAGCGGGCUGAACCAUCGCUUCGACGUGUGGCGCUGGCGCGGCGGCCUGGAACACGAGGGCGACGAGCCCGAGCUCGACGCGCUGCUUCACAUCACUGGACUCGACCCAUAGACCCUGCACCGCCUGUAUCUAUCUCAUCCGGCUGUACUUUAUCUGCACGAGC